AUGAGCACCUCACAGUUGAGACCGAAUGGAGAGUCGUCACCUGCUCCGCCAGUCUUCUCCUACGCUCAAGCUGCCAAGGGCCGUGCAACCUCAACUACAGCUUCGGCGAUACAGUCACAUCAAUCUGGCGCAUCGGGCGUCAGCACACCCGCCAAAGACUCAAAUUCUGUCAUCAAUACACCUUCGGCAGGGUCUGAACGGGGCGACAGGAGUGUGAAUGGAAGCCUCGAUAUACCCACCAAGCCAGAACACCCAGCUGGAGAACUUCCAAAUCAAGCUGUCAAGACUUCCACAUCAGCAAAGUCUGUUUCGACGCCCGCGUCGCCUAGCUUUGGUACAGCUUCGACCGCUACGCUACCUAAAGAGGAGAAAGACAACGAUGAUUUCACUUUGGUCGGAACGACAGAACCGGGUCGAGACCGAAACACACAAAUUGGAGGAGGAGGAGGUUCAUCGGUAGAAAAGUCUGGUGAGCAAGGUGAAGGACGAAGAGGAAAGAAAGGCAAGAAGCAAAAGAAUGUUGAGAAGGAGACAGACAAGGAGAAGGAAAAGGAAGAGGUCAAGCCGGAAGUACUGGUCCCUGCCCCGUUACCAGCAGUCAAUUUCUGGCAGCAGCGAAAGGAAGAGCUUGCCAAGGCAAAGCCAGUACCAGCAAUUGGGCAGAGUUCACAACAGUCCCCAGAUGCAUCCAGGAGUGAGCUUCCUUCCGCACAGCUUACCAAGUCUACCGAUGUCAAGAAGCGCGGCAAAGUGGGCAGCUCGGAAGACGUGGACAAAAGCACAACAACUCUUCAGAAUGGAGUAAAGGACGGCUUGCAUGUCAGUAAAGGUCAGAAGAAAGGGGCUGAAGGGACCGGCAAGGCGAAAGAAGACCAAGCCAGUAAGAGACCGGGCCCGCGGGGCAGCAGAUCUGUUGAGAAAGAGGAUAAGUCCAGUCAAUUGCCUCCUCCUGUUCAUGACGCAAUUUCCUGGCCAACUCCAGAUACAGCACUGGAAGAAGAGAAGCGUAAACCACAGGAGAAAGUUGAGAAAGAAGAAAAGGACGACGGCAAUCAAAACAAAUCUCGGCAAAAGUGGGUUCCAGUACCGUUUGUUCCCACUGUUAGCUUUAACACGCCCAUCCCACCAAGAGGUGGUAGGGGACGUGGAGGCGCUCGUGGAGGACGAACAGAAGGUGGGCGUUCAAGAGACCCAACGACUGGCCCAUCCUCAGGAGAGAAGGUGCACAACCCUACGGAUGACGUGACCUCUGUCAUGGAAAGCGAGCCACAAUCUAGUAGCACAACUCGAGCAACGUCUUUACCUCCACAAAAGAGACAGCCACCAACCGACCAAAGCAGCACACGCAAACCAACAAUUGGACAAUCUGCUGAGAAGUCAAGAGCCAAUGCCUCUAGGAAUGAGUCGAGCACUGUAGCUGAAGGUCGAUCUUCCAGUAUCUCGCAAUCGGACCUGCCUCUGGAUAUUUCUCAAGAACAAAAGUCCCUUUACAACGAAGGAGCUAGGACUUCGAAACAGGAGCCACCUCAAGGCGUUUAUCCCGACUCUUUGUCCCGCAAUGCUCGUAGAAGUGAAACGAACAUGAGAGGAAUGGACCCGUUUAGAGAAGGAGGAAACAUGACCAAAGACAGUAGUCACCAAUCCCAAGAUAGGUCCGAUGGGCGGUCCGACCGAGGUCGAGGCGGAUCCCGGGGUAGGGGUGGUCAUGGAAAUUUCCCCAAUGGCCACACUCAACAUACAUUUACACCAAAUGGGCAUAGGCCACAACCACCAAAUGGCUAUUCCAGCCAGCAGACCCCUGCACCUUAUAGCCCUCCGCUCCAACAGCCUCCCUUCAGCACUCAAUAUGUGCCAACUGCAAGAGGUCGUGGUGGCUCACGGUCACAAUCGAUACCCAACAAUGCCAUGUACGGACGCUUUGCUCCAAACGGCGGCCCCCUAUCGCAGCACAUGGCGCCUAUACAAACCUCCAAUCCCAUGUUCGACUACCAACACCUCCAGUCACUCAGCGCUGUGCCGUAUAAUUCUUACGUCGACGAAGCUUCUCUGGUGCAACUCGUCACCAUGCAGCUGGAAUACUACUUCUCAAUCGAUAAUCUUUGCAAGGAUGUCUAUCUUCGGAAGCACAUGGACUCUCAAGGAUUUGUGUUCUUGUCUUUCAUUGCUGGCUUCAAGCGCAUCAAAGCACUGACAACAAAUUUUGAGCUUCUGCGAUAUGCGUGCCAGGAGUCUGAGAUCAUUGAUGUUAUCCAAGGUGAAGAUGGCAAAGACCGUCUACGAAGAGCAGAGGGAUGGGAGAAAUGGAUCAUGGCCAUGGAAGAUAGGGACGAGAGUGUAAGAAAUGCUGGGCCGGCACAACAUCUGCGCUCGCAUCCAACAGCAAAAUUUCACCAAAUGGGUCAAAUGAUGAUUCCCGGCCAUCACUCUAUGUCGCCGAUGACAUUCUCGCCAAAUGGUACAGCUCCGAAUUUCCCACCGUAUGCCAAUGGCAUCCAGGCUCCUCCUAUCGUGAAUGGUAAUGGCGCUUUCCACCCUGAGACGCCACUUUCAGCGGCUGUUGCGGAGUUCUCGCCAAGCCCAUAUCCAGUGAAUAGCAAUGUCGAUCAAUUGGAAGCGGAGACAACUUUUCAUGACGAAGAAGUUGCAAAUCUGACUCUGGUAUUUGCAGCUCCCAAGAACAGCGAUGACCCAAAGCCAAAAUUGCCAUUUCACAAUGCAUCUUCGAGGACGUUCUCAAACGGUUCCAUUGACGGGAGGAGUAUAGCAGAAGAGCUUCAUGACGAAACUCGUCAAGGUCGACCGUUGGCCAAUGGGGUACACACAACUGAGAGUUCUCCUGAUGCUUUCCGUCGGUCUAGAAGCCCCUAUUCCCCGCUCUCCCCAACCAAGUCUCCUAGCAAUGGCCCGACAGUCAUGUGGGCUAAAGGCGAAGGUGAACAAGCAAUACUUUCUGAGCACAAUUCCGAGGAGCUGUAUACUACCUUCCGGGCUCGGACAUUGAAGUAUCGAGACGCGUCUAUGCCGGGUGAGACACACCCUGAUAUGAACCUGCUGUAUGAGUUCUGGUCGCACUUUCUCUGCGGAAAUUUCAAUGCACAAAUGUAUACCGAAUUUCGCGAGUAUGCGCUCCAGGACGCCCAAAACAAUGCAAUGGCCGGAAAGAAGAAUCUGAUCUCAUACUACGCCGAAAUUCUCAAUAGCAAGAAGAAGGUUAUUCCUGAGGUCUUAGCUCGUCAUUACAUCGAAUUAGUCCAGCAGGAAGACCCUACGGGAGAACGUCCGGCCUUCGAAAGACUUCGAAUCGCUUGGCGAGAUGGUGCUCUCGAUAUUAAGAGCAGAAAGCAGAUCGGCGACCUAGUUGAUGUUAAUUUGAGAGAGGAUCUCGAUCGAGCACCACCACGUCCGAAAUCCGACAGUCCAUGA